AUGACGAAAGGUGACGAUUACACUGACUUUAUCGAGCGUUGGUAUUAUCUACGCCCUAAGCCAACAGAGGGUCAAGCGGAAGUCGUUGCAGCUGUAAAUGAGAAAGAUAUGGUAAAAGCAAGCCAGGGGGAAAUUGACAAGGCAGAGAAGGAGCCCAAAGCAAGAGAAGAGCAGGAGGUCAAGGAGGUAAUGAAGGAGAACGAAUCGAGCAGAUUGGAUCAUAAAUUUGAGCAACCAAACAACCCAGAAGCAAAUUGA